AUGGCACGGGUUGUUUGCAGCAAGAUUUUCCUGGGAAAACUGUUUGCCCUUCGUCCUUUUUCAUCACUAGCAGCAGGGACCCUUUCCCUAGAGAAUCGGGCGGCAGCUAAAUCUGUGGAGCAGCCAAAACCUGCACCGGUGCGGCAGCCUCUCUCCGAAAAGUCGCAUGCAGGAGCUUCUUCUUCCAAAGCGCCGUCUUCUCAGGGAGAAUCAUUCGACCAAACUGCAAGCAGCUCCCGUGCAAGCGAGUGGUGGUCCUUGAAUAGGGGAGCUGCAGCUCACUCCUAUGAAGAAGGCUCUGAAAAGGCUGUUGUCUAUGACAGAGAGGCCCUGUAUAACGAGCAUCGACGGAGAGGGGUUGCGUCCUGCGGAGAUCCUCCCGCUGUAGCCCGACCAAAGUACUUCUCUGCCGCAGACUCAGAAGCGUGCCGUAGGCAGAGCAGAUCGGCGCAGCAGCUUCCUUUUUUCAUUCGGCGGACAGCAUCGGACAACGUUCCCGUGUAUCUUCAUUGGUCGAACAACAGAAGCAAAGUGUCAACAAUAAUCAGGAAAGUCCACGGCCGGAAACAGAUUCUCAAAGCGGAACUGGCAGUUCUUUGCGAAGCUCCGGUCAUUGAGAAAGAAGGUUGGCUUGAGGUCCGCGGAAAUCAUAAGAGAGUUAUCAAGGAGACGUGCGGUUUUCACCAUGACUUCGCCUCUACAUUUCCUAAUACCUACGUGAGCACGUACAUUUUGGCGCCUUUCCGCCCCCAUAUUUCCUCUUCCGCGAACAGCCUGCGUGCGCGGCGGAUAUUCAACGGGAAUCCCCAACAGUGCCCUGCCUCACGUGGGCUCGGAUGA